UUCGGCUGAGAUAGUUGAGGCGUCUCACGCUGAACUCAGUAUAACUUCACGUAUAUAGAAGACAGUAUCGCUCACGUUUUUGGGGAAUUUCAAACCAGCAAAGUUCAAAAUCUGUUAGGAGGCCAGGGAGAGGAUUGAGAUUGGUUAUUAGUUUUUGGAGGCUCAUUCAGAUGUGAAAUGUGUUUGUAACGUGGAAUUCAGAUAGUUGACGAGUUUGAAAAAAUAAGGGACCAGCAGACUCUAGAGUUUCCACUCCAUCAGUAGAAGAUUGUAGAUCAAAAUGCCUGUUGGAGGAAGAGUUGCAGGCAAAGUUGGAAUCUAUUCCAACGUCAGAGACAGUCACAACUUCUCGGGCCUGAACGAAGAGAUAAUCUGGAUCUCGAUCGGCAUGGGUAUCACAAUCGCCAUCCUCAUCACGAUCGCACUCUGCUACCUGCUCUACGAGAAGUGCAAACGCAAACGCUCGCCCUUGUAUACGCCCGCCUGACAAAGGGCCAGCUACUCGCCCUACCCACUUCCACCCUUGCCACUGCCACUGCCAAGGGCCCAAAAGGAGUACUACAUUACUGUAUGAUCACCUAGGUCGGUGUCAUCAUCGUCAUCGUCAUCGUCAUCGUCAUCCAAUCAUCGUCAGGAUUUGUCAUCGAAACCUAUCGCGUUGUCACCGCCGUCUCAGGUUAGGCAUAUUUGAGUGAAUACGGUCAGGUGAGAAAGGUUGAGUUAGGUGAGAAUAUUGAUCUAGGUAGAAACAUUAGUUGGUUGUGGUGUUAGGUGUUGGAAUUUAUUGAGAUAUAACGUGGAUGCAUUGAUUGAAGUACUUUAUAUUUUUUGGACAGUGCGAUAUUGUAGUUUAUUGGAUUUCAUUGAAUAGAUAAUAUACGGUACGGUACUAAAAAACUUUUGUCAAUAGUUCUAUAUUCAGUUAUGUGUGAAAUAUGUAAUAUAAGACCUAUUGGAUAAGACCUACAGGUGUGGUAUUAUGUGAUUGAUAGAUGAUGAUAUAAUUUUUUAUGACCAUGCUAAGAUUACUGGAAUGCUUCCUGAUAGCAAUCUUUUUUCUGAGAUCAGAAAUAUUGAUAAUUUAUGCUUGGAGAUAUAUUUACGAUAAUUUGUGUACAUUUAAAACAAAUGUGUAUCGUUUCCAGAAAUCAGAAAAGUAUUCAUUACAUGCUCAGGUAUUAUCUCACUCCGGGGCGAAGGAGAGUGGAGAUGGUAGAUGAUGUCAGGGAUGAAGAAAAAAUACUUCAUUCUGAAGAGAAUUGCACAUGACAGAGAGGAAUAGGGAAGGAGGAAUCAUGUAUGGACCUGCCAUAAAACAGAGCACUGAUGAUGAUAAUUUAUUAUCUCAAUAUGUGAAGCCUCUGACUUUUAACUCAUGUUCGUAUUCAUCAGUCAAUGAAGAAAUAAAUUAUGGUGAACUAUCUUUAUUAGGCCUAAAAUGAAAUCAAUUUUGUUACUGGUGACACUAAAAGGGCUGCGGGUAACUGAUGGUAAGCGAUAACCGGUAACCGGUAACCGAUCUAUUCUCGGUAGAGUAAGAUAUAAUUAUAAUAUCAUCCAUAAUUAAUAUGCAUUUCAGAUUCAAAUUUUAAAAAGCAUGGAGAUGGAGCAAAUAUUUCACUCAAAAAUUUCAAGCAAUUUGAGUGUUAUGCAAACAUGGCUCAGUCUUACUAGAUUCAAUGAUCCUCUUCCUAGGAAAAAGUAAUUGCUUUCAAAUGUACUCAUCAAUUUUAUCUGUGACAAAACUGGCUAUGUAGUAUCCUGAAUUCGAAAUCCUUGAAUUCCUACUUCAGCUCCUGGUGAUUCGCUGUAAAUAAUUUACAGGCAAUAAUAAUGUUUUACUGCAAUCGAGCUCCUUUGUAAAGAACGUCAAAUACUAGACAUAGACUAGCAAUAUUUCUCGACAAAUAUUCCCCUAUUCUAUAAAAUGACCGAAAUGAAUAUUGUGCAAAAAUGAUAAAAGGGACGAAUAUCAGGCAAAAAUGAUAAAAGAGCUGCUUCCAAUUAGAUGAGCUUGCUUGUUUUAAUAACGAGAACUCAGCUUCUCAAAACACUCCUGAUAUUUGACACCUUUCCUGAAGUUUCCGUGCUGGAAAUACAACAUGAGUUGUGGAACCAAAUGAAGUGAGAAAAUUAAUUUUGUUAGAGACAAAGGCACAAAAAGAUGAGCGUUUUGUUGUGAGGAGCUAAAAAUGGAAAACUCUCUGAUAAUAAAGAGCUUCCUUUCUUUUAUACCCGGGGCUUCCUCUCUGCAGCACCGUCACCAGUGACUGAAUAUCAAAAUGAAAUUCCUGAGAGGAAUUUGGAAUAGAGAGAUGUCUUCAUUUCAUGGAAAAUAGACUGUUCUGUAUAUUAAAAUCGACUAUACUGGACAAUUUAUUUUCUUUAAGUGCUCGUAUGGUGAUCCAGGACAUGAGAUGAUAAUUUCUAUUGAAUUGGGGUUACUUGGCUGGAAAUAGUUUAGUAUGAUAAAUCAGUAUGUUUUUCGAUCAAAAAGAUAUGAUUGAACGAAUUAUUUUAUAUUGGAUGAAGUGAUAUGAAGUGAAUAAAAGGCCUCCAUGUAAGAUUGUAUACAAUAGCACAAUUAUGUAGGCCUACAGGCACAUACCAGGUCAUAGUUCAAUAAUAACAGUUAUAACCCAAAUUAAGAGUGUUCUACAUGUUCAAAAUUUAUGUUGUUGCUCUACAGUAUGUAUCACUACUGAAACUAUAUGAAGAAAGGAAUCUAGAAUAUAUGGAAUAUAUCCUAGAUCGCUGUCUACAAUCUAACAUAUUUCAAAACUGAAUAAGUGAUGCUGGAAAAAUAUAUAUGAGUCACUGCAGGAAGAUUGAGCUGGAAAUAAUUUAUAGGGUAAAGUUUUGGAAUACUUUUUUUUAAUUUAUAGUGCUUUCAGCUAUAUAGAUGAAAACCACAAUGCAUUUAUGGGUAAAGCAUUUGAACUAUCAGUGUUGGAGCACAUGAUACCGUACACUCUCUUCUAAAUUGGGAGAAAUUAAGAUCAACUUAGGAUCGUAAUCUCAUAAUAUAGAAUACAAGCUCCAAUUCAUCCUCUCAUAGUGACGACUAUCGAGAAAGUUCUUCUUGUAUUGAAUUUCUUAUUCUGUGAAAACGAUUUCAUAGAUUCUAUUCUUGAUAAUAAUAAUCUAAUCAGCAAAUAUCAAAUGUUGAUUUUCAUAGGUUUUUGAUAGUAAAAUGUUGCAGGAUGUGAAAGUGUAAUCUAUCAGUAUUCCUAUAUUUUCCAUGUAAAUAAAUUUCUUCUAAUCUUAAUGUUUUGAGAAAUCUAGAUCUCCUAAUGGAAAUUAGCAACAAUGUAUACAGUAGUCAUAUUCAUGUUGUAACACCAAAACACUCAUUACAGUAUUAACAAAAGCCAUACGAAUUUACUUUUAGUACUAAAAUAGUAUUUCAGAACAGUAGCUUAGUUUCUAAUGAGACUGCAAAUAUUAUAUAUAUAUAUUUAUGAAUAACCCUGAGCAGGAUAGUAGACGUUGUCUAUUCUGACUUCAUCGUAUACUGUGAAAAAUGAUUGAUAAAUUAUUAUAAUAAGGAGGUAUCUGACCAAUAAAAUUGAAAUAAGAGUGGUUUAGAUUGAAAAUUCUAUUACUGUUUGCCCAUUUGGUGAAGAUUGAAUAAUCCUGAUACAAAGUCCAUGUAGUUUGUCCCAGUUUUAUUCAUGUGCUUUUAAAUUUAUUGUGUGAUUUCCUUUAACAGAGGAAAAAUUGUGAUCCUCUAUCAUACUCUACUAUUAGAUUUUUGUGAUAAUUAUUCGUAAUCUGUUGAGAGACUACAGUGGUUCAUAUUACAUAGCACUUGUUUGAUGUGCCAAAUAUUAUGAGUUAUUGAUAUUGUUGAUUUUUUCCGAUAGGGAAAAUUGUGAUUCUGUAUUAUAUUCUACAACUUCUUGUACAGGUAGAUUGUGAAAGACUGUGAUUUUCAAUAAAUGUUUGCAAAGUGUU